GUUUGACUGGUCAGUUUGUAAGGCUAUGUCUACACUACAGCCAGCAGCGAUGCUCUGAGAUCGAUCCACCUGCAGUCAAUUUAGAGAGGCUAGUGAAGACCCACCCAAUCAACAGCAGAUCGCUCUCCAGGCGACCCCUGUACUCUGUCCCCAAGGAGAAGAGUAAGGUAAGUCGAUGGGAGAGUGUAGACCACAUGGUAGUGUAGACAUAACCUAACUCUGGUGUUUGUAAUUCUGAGGUUCUACUGUAAUUGCCAACAGUUAAGUUACCACAGUUGUUUCUAUGCAAGCAUAUUUUAUUCUUAAACUAAAAGUGCUACAGAGAAAACAUAUUCAAAUCAAUUAAAGAAUCUACACACAUGCUAAGAACCUUACUAGAGAUCACCUCCCAACCCCCAUUUCCACAAAGGCUCUGGCCAGUGUCAGUCCUUCCAACCUUUCCCUGAGUAUGAGGCUCUCCAUGGAUCAGGGGUCCUGCCUGUCUGCUGGAUCAGAAUGAAGGCCCAGGUGUAAACUGAGCCAUAGAGAGACUGUGGGAUGUCUAAGGUCAAAGAGUAAGUUAAUGGCAUGUGAAGGAGAACAAGGGUGGUAGAACCAGGAGGGUAGUAGGAGCUAGUGCCCCCACAAUAGAAAUACUGCCGAAGCUAAUUUAUGUUUCCAAUUCCACUUACCCAUCCCCUCUGACUCCACCCCACUCUCCCCAGCUCCAUUUACUGCCUCUCCAUUGGCUGAUUGGCUCUCAAUUCCAAACAAUCAGGUUAUGGCCAGCAUCCCUCCCCUCCAGCAAUGGGUUGGGGCAGGGCAUCUUUCCACUCUGCUAUUCAAGGUGCAUGGCUGCUGCUUCUGGUGGAGAACCCAAGAAUCCUAAAGCUUAUUCCCAUGCUCUAAACACUAGCUCACACACCCAAACUAUUGGUCUUUAUAUUUACUUUUUAAAAACAAUAUAAGUAGCUAAUGUUUCUCACAGUGGAUUCAGAAGUGUAAAUAGACAAAUAAAGUUGUUAUGGUAACAUGAAUAAAUGUGGCUUAGACUUAUUUACAAAACACUUUGCAGAUGGCAAUAAGCAAACAUUUCAGUUUAACAGCUGCCAAGGAUCCUUGUUUGAUAACUCUCAGUGUUUUAAUCAGUAGCACUUUGACUAAGCAUAGUUACUGAUUGCGUGGACAGUGGGUAUGAUGGUAGAAGUGCGAUUAGCUUGGAUCCUGUAUGUACAUGUUUGAAACUUGUUCACACUUGCCUUAAUCAAUAUGGGGUUUGUUAGUUGCAGUAAGCGCAUGGGGGGGGGAUUUCCCCCCCUAAUUCAGCUGAGCUAGAGAAACACAUUCAUGACAUUGUAUCUCACGGUCAGUGCUGCCUGUUACUGCAGGGCUUUUCUGGCAGGCAUUUGUUUUGAAGAGAAGAAACUCUUUGCAUUUAGGCUCGAUAUUUGUAGUCUUCUCUGGCUUGUUGUAGUAUGGAUUUUGCUUUUUUGUUUUUGUCUUUUGUCAUUAAUUGUGGAUAUGAACUUGGCAAGGCAUGUGUUUUGUUAGCUCAGCAAGGUCUCCUAGCAGUUUUUAAGAGCAUUUUGCAAGAUGAGGAUUUUCAUAGCUUUUGAAGGAUUUUGUGAAUCUUUUGACAUUUCAUCAGACCAAACUGUACAAGCUGUAAAACUGAUGAUAAAGGAUUAUUUCCACAUUCCACUUUCUGAAGACAAACAAGGCAGACGAUAUUUGGAGUUGAUCUAUGCAGGAGCAAUACUGAAGGACAACUGGAUCCUUGCUGACAUAGGAAUAUCAGUUUCCUCGACUAUUAAAUGUGUUGUUAAGGAAGAAGACAAACCAGCCUUCUAUGUAUACAAUGCUGUAACUCAAGAGAAAGUGCCCAUUAAGGGGAGUAUUUAUCUUCUUGCUACAAAAGUGUCCCUUUUGAAAACACUGGUAACCCUGAAAUGUGGCUUUCCAAAUAGUGUUUAUUGUCUCAGGACUCCAGAGGGCAGGGAGAUGUAUGACUGCAACAUACUGAACGAUUACCAGUUAGAUAUAGGCACAACACUUCGCCUGGAUGUGUGGGAUGGAUGGAAAGAAUUCCUGACUGGGUGCCUCUUAGGAAACAAGCAUACAGUCCAACGCUUCCUGUCUGAUGAAGAACCAGUACUCAAAUAUCAGAAGAGGGUGGCUCUUUACAUGGCAGCAUUUUUUGGGCACCUUGAGCUCGCGGCAUGGAUCCUGAAACAAGGAGUGAGACCCAAUGCGGCUGUGGGUGUUCAUCCCUACCGAGAAUGGUGUCAGGAAACACAUCAUCCAGAUGUAACUAAAUGUCCGGUUCAUGCAGCUGCAGAAGCAGGCCAACUAAUUAUACUGAAGGCCUUUGUCAAUUAUAGUGUGUUGUGCCUAGAGUGCCAAAAUCCAGCAGGGCAAAUUCCUCUGAACAUAUGCAUCAAACACAAGCAUAAGGAUUGUGUGCUAUAUUUAGUUACCAAAAUGUGGUCAGUGGUUUCUUAUCCUAAUUUUUCACUUCCCAUGAAGAUCUACAUUAAAUUAAAGCAGUGGUUGCUUAGGGCUCAGAGUCACAUCUUUACCACGAAAUGGCUUAACCAGGCUGCAGUCUUCAGAACACGAGUGGGGGACACUGUUAUUGUGGAUGGCUUCACAAAGCCGAAAAUGACUUCCAAAGCCAGGAUCAAGGCAGCAGGCAAUACGGACUAUCAGUUACCAAACCUAACUGAUCAAACUCCACAUGAGAGAGAGUCAUGUCCCUUGACAAUUACAAAGGGGAACCAAAAAGUAAUAAAGCUCAAAUUACCUCCGUUGGAAGACACGAAUAAGCUCCCUAACAUACACAGACUUCACCAAAAGAAGAAUAUUAGAAAGAAGGCUGCUCAGCCUAGAAAAGAUGAAAGUAUGGACCAAAAUAUGUGUUUAGCUAAAGUUCCUUUGCCCCCUAUUUCUAGCCUCAGAAAUUCACGCCCUCCUUUCUACUAUUCAACACCUAAUGCUAAAUUGCUCUUAAAUUCCUCCUCUGAGUGUUUCUCAGAACACAAUGGAAGAACUCCAAGAGAUAAUGCAAUCUACUGCUUAGCUAUUGCCAGUGCAUUUAAAGAGAAACCAUGGCUUCAACAACUGGGAAUUGCAAGAACCCUAGCUAAGAAGAGUGUCUGCAAACCUGUAUACUGAUAAAGGCCUGAUUUCAUAUUAAAUGUUUCCAGGAACCUGUAGUUUGGGAAGAAAGCCUAUGUUUGAAUGCUCUAAUAUUAUCAUCAAUGUCCUAUUUGACAAGCAUCCUAAAUUCAAUUUUUUCCACUGACAUAGUACACAGAUAUGGUCAAUGAAGGUAUAUUAACAAUUAAUACAUUACAUGAAGAUAAUGUAUAAAUCAUUAGUGGAUGCUCUGGGCUUCAUCUGUUUCAGAUGUUUGAUCUCUUUAGCUCUAAAGAGAAAAAAGAUUAAAUCAUGUGACAAAAAUAAUUCUGAAAAACUGAAUACAACGUGUAAGGGAAAAAGAAUGACUCAUUAGAUUAGUAUGAACCAAAGGUUUUCAGCAUUGUAUAGCACUACCGUGAGAGGAAAAAUUAGAUCACCUAGGACUAAGCUUUAAUGUGCUAAGCAAAGCCUGUGAGAAUCUCCCAUUGAACCUCUAGUCAUGCUAGCAGACUUCAUCCUCUGGCACUCCCUAGGAGUUUAAAGACCUUCCACUCCUAUAUCUAAAACAGUUUCAAAAUGACUUUGAUUAAAAUCUUUUCUGCAGCUCCUGCGAUCCGGAACAGCCUGCCCUGUGUCUCUCUACCUUAUUGAAUCUCUGUCCCUUUUUAAGUCUCAUCUGCAAAUCUAUCUUUUCUCUCUUGCAUACUUUCUUUCUCUCUUCUAUUGAGAUAUUUAUUUAGGGUUCUCGUUCUGUCACACCUUACUUAUAUGAGUAAUCCUUACUUGUGCAGUCCCAUUGAACUCAAGGGACUAGUCCUGUGUGCAGUAAAUGUGUGAUGAACAGGAGUGUUUGCAAGGCCUUGUCUACACUUGAAAUACUAAGCAGCACAGCAGCAGAGCUUUAGUGUUGAAAUUAAUUACAAUGAUGGGAAGGAUUCUCUCGUUGGCUUAGUUAAUCCACCUCCCAAGAGCUGAUAGCUAGGGCUACAUCGACACUACAGCCAGGAUCCACGCUCUGAGAUCGAUCCACCGGCGGUCAAUUUAGCGGGUCUAGUGAAGACCCACCAAAUCGACAGCAGAUCGCUCUCCAGUUGACCCCUGUACUCUACCCGAGGAGAAGAGUAAGGUGGGCAGACAGGAAAGUUUCUCCCGUCGACCCCACCCCUCCCGUGGUGUAGACCCUGCGGUAAUUCGUCCUAAGGUGUGUCGACUCCAGCUACGUUAUUCACGUAGCUGGAGUUGCGUAGUGUAGGUUGAUUUACCAUGGUAGUGUAGACAUAGCCUAGGUCAACAGAAGAAUUCUUCUGUCACCCUAGUGCUAUCUACAGUGGGGGUUCGGUUGCCUUAACUACAUCACUCAGGAGUAUGGAUUUUUCAUUCCUCUGAGUGAUUUAGGUGGAUUGACUUAAUGUUUGAGUGUAGACCUGGCUUAAGAGACUGGUCUUUAUUGUCUGACCCCAGUCAUUUGAUAUGGGAAAGGGUUAAAAAAAGUUAACACCCUUGUCACAUGACAGGGGUGAUUAUCCACUGACUUGAUCAGCUAAUGUUAGAAUGAGUAAGACUUAUUUGCAUGAGUAAGAGUUAACAUGAUCAGGCUCUAACUGAGACUGUAUUACUUAUCUCUGCAAAGCAUUUUGGUGUACAGAGCCUGACUUGUCUCCCACAGAAAUCAUAGUUUUACCAUUGACUUAAAUGGGAGAAGAACAGGGACCCCAGUUAGUGUGAAAUAUUCUAUUACAUACCCUGUCAGAUGAACUGAAUUAGAAGUACUGUAAAAUACACAAAGAAAAAGGGGUCACACAUUUAAAAUCCUGCCAUUUCAUAAAAUGAAAUCUCCUGCAUUGGCAGGCAUAUGGACUAGAGUGCUUAAUAAAUCAUUUCCAUCUCUCAAAAUGUCCCUGAUAUACAGGUAGCACUUUCAGAUUGAAAUUCUUUCCUGAAAUAUAAAAUGAUAAAAUUGUCUCUGAGGGCAUGCCUACACUGCCUGGCCUGCCUCAGACUAUGGGGCUGUAAAGAAUAGUGCACACCAAAGUGCUGUGCUAUAACUCCCCCAUGUGGAUGCUGCAGGCACAAGCAAAAAGGUUUCUCAUUUACAUUAAUAUAGUCCUCUUCAAACAGGACUGUGGUAAUAAGUACUGGGAACCUUGUUCCCACACUGUCUGCACAGGAGAGUUACAGCACAGGACUUAGGUGCGCACUGCUGUUCACAGUCUCGUAGUCCGUACUGCAGGGCAGUGUAGACAUGCCCUGAGAUAGUAUCGUCAGUGGUUCUGUGGGAAGCAAGAGUAACAAUGCGUAUGUGUGUCUUCCUGUGUAUUUCUUCUCUGCCCCCUCACUCUUAUGAGAGAAAAGAUGGACAGGUGAGCUAUUAAAUUAACAACUGGAAUAGAUUUGUUGGUCUAGCAACUGAUUGCACUGUAUGUUGCCUGUGAUUUUUGACAUCUCAGUAUUCUUCUCAACCAAUGUCAACAUGAAUCUCACACACAAAAUAUAAGAUUGUUUUUCUACAGAAUUGUAAAAAUAAAAAUGAUUACAAUGUA